UUUGGAUGUUCCAGCUGUCUCUCCAACCAAAAGUUGCAGCCAAACAAUCCGCUGUAUCCAACUCUCCAGCAACGGCUUUUUGUCCCCCUCUUUGAGUGUGCAUCGGCUGUGUUAGCCAUCUGUCAUUGCUAACCUGGGAUGCUCUGACUGCCAUUUGUUUGUGUCGUGACUAGAGUUUCCCUGGCUGCGUGUGAUCUGAAUCAUGGCGACGUUCUUCCAGAGUGUCCGCCAGGGGUUUGGCCGGGGGUCGAACAAAAACAACAACAACAAUAACAACAAUAACAACAAUAACAACAAUAACCCCCCGAGGCUGAAUAACGGUGCUCAGAAUCAACCGCCAGCAGGGUAUUCUCAUUCGUCCGGUCUCAUGAAUUCUCCCUCAAUUUCUUCCACUUUCAGCGUCGACAGCGUUACGAACGACAAUGAUUCGACCAAGUACUUCUUCCAGGAGAAGUAUGCUAUGCUUAACGUCAAAGGCAAUUUUCUGACUCUCUGCGCUUGUCCCAAGAACGUCGAGCUUGGCGAAUGGUUGGCACAUCAGAUUGUGGAGCAAAAUCGUCUUCUCCAUGGCAUGCUUCAAGUUAUUCAGGAAAUAAAUGGCCUAACCGGCCUCCCUAUAUGCAAUGAAAACACUUGUCCUACCAUGUCUGCAGGCCGCCUGACCUACACCUGGCUGGUCGAUGGCAGAGCGGCUAGGAUAUCUGCCCCCAAAUUCAUCAACAGAGUUGAAAAAUGGAUCGUCAGUAAAAUCCAUGACCCAGUGAUGUUUCCCACAGAGAGCACUCCUGUAGGAACAACACCAAUUGUGUCAUCGAGUGAUCCGAGCGGCACAAGUUCUACCCCACCUACCAACCCAUCUACCCAAGAUUGGAUUGGCAAGAGCAGUGGAUUCCCCCAAACCUUCUACAAAGAUUGCCAGGGAAUCAUGAAGCAAAUGUUCCGUUGUUAUGCGCAUUUGUACCAUGGUCAUUGGGAAAAUCCCUUCUUCCACAUCAACAAGCAUGAAGUUCUUAAUAUGUGCUUCGUGCAUUUCGUGACUGUCGCGAAGUACUACAAACUUGUUGCAGACAAGGAAAUGGAGCCCAUGCAACCUUUGAUCGACAUCUACAUCAAGCAAGAGAAGAUCCCUCCAGAAGCACUCGCUGGCCAUUGGGCUCAACAGACGUCGUUGUCGACGCCUACACCUGCUGGCCCUCCUGCUCCUACCACUGCACCUUCCAAUUAGAGACCUAACUAUGGAUUGCAAUGUGGGGAUGGAGACGCAUAUCAUAAAGUCAAGGGCGUUAAUCAUAUUUGUCACUCAGGGGAGAGAAGGCCAAACUGGGCAUAUCCCGUUUCAUUAUUCUUAUCGGCGAUUUUUUUUAAAGCUAUUGAAGCCCUCGACCCAGAUAUCUUAUGUUUAUUGGGCCUUGUUUCUUUUCGUUUGUUAUUUCAUUUUGUUCUUCGGGAAUGGGCAUAUGUCUGCAUGGAUUUUCUUUUUUACACUUUGAUUCCCAUUUUUCCGUUUCUCCCUCCAUUUUAAAGUCUCAUUUUGAAACUGCCCUGCUCGCUUUUUCUUCGCAUAAAUAUUGAUUUUGCAUGUCUCCAGCAACCAGCCAAUCAAUUUCUCAGGUAGCUAGCGGGCAAUUUAAAAUUAAACAAUUGUUUUCGAGGGAGCUGCGCUUCGGCGAGGACGGCAAUCACUGACUUAGUUACAUUCAACCAAAAUCCUGCAAUAAACCCUGCAACGGUUGUUUUCUUUUUAAUGUCUCAAGGCUUCUCAAUGUAUUAAGUUUAAGCUUUCUACAAGCCUUUUUAAGUCACUGCGGCUUCCGGCUCAUUUCGUUGUCCCGACGGAAACAUUACGCAGUCCGGCCGUUUCUUUAAGUAUAAAUAAAUAGGUGGCAUGGGUAGAUCCUGUUCUUCACUUUCUGCUAGCCCCGGAUACAUUUCCUCGCCCUACCAGGCUAUUAUAACUUUCCGAUAAACCAAACCCUAAAGCACACUUCCUUGCGAAAGCGAAGCGACAUCACACAACUCCCCUGACCCUCCAACCCAACUCUUCGUUCAACCUUCCUGGCACCCCGUUCUCAAAUAGGGCUGAUGGCUGAAGGCAUGUUUCAGACGCCUCAUAAGGCCAGGCAGCCACAGAGCCAGGGUCCGUAUUUCCUCGGCAGGAUAGUUGACAAAUAAAUAGGGGGCCAAAAGCGACACAUCGGGAAUCGACGGCGAAUAAUAGAAUAUCAAACCCCGUAACAUGUCUCGGCCAUGUUAUCGAUAUUGACCCUAAAAACAAGGGAAAGGCGAAGUGGGCCGAGACAUCCAAUCGACAGCAAUAUAACGAUGAAAUGAUGAGCAACGUAGCUCAUAAAUACACACCAGCCUCACUUCCCUGCAUCUCAUCAUCACCACCAGAACCAUUCCGCCCCGCGCUAGCAGCGCUAUUAUUUUGAUUACUGAGGGGCUGAGCAUGUUGCCCCGUCGUUGUUUGGGCAUCUCCAUUUAGGAUAUUGUUACCGGCAUUUAUCCCACUCCCCGUUUCCGUUUCCGUUUCCGUUCCCGUUCCCGUUCCCGUAGGCCCGCUGUCAGCAACCCCAACGCCCACGCCCACAUCCCCUUCAGCCCCACCAUUCAUAUCCCCGUCCCCGUCUAUGUCUAUGUCCAUCUCCAUCUCCUCACUCCAUCUCUUCCCCCUACGCUCCACUUCAACCUUCAAAAGAUCAAUUCUCUCCUGCAUACGAACAAUAACCACCUCAUUCUCCUUAAUGGCAUCUUCGCAGUCCUUAUCGUGGCCGUCCGGUGACUCUUCCGCUAUGUACCGGGCCAACUCAUCGUUUGAGCGCUGGAGGUGGGCGAUGGAGUUGCGAAGCUCGGAGCCUUUGGCGUAGAGGGAAGAGAGGGGAAGGGAUUUUAGCGCUUCGGCGAAGGCUUGUGGGGUUAUCGGGGUGGAGGCGGCGGACAUUGUUUUAGAAAUUGAUUUUGUUUUGUCCUGUGGUGAUGGUCGGGGUCGUAACUAUAGGAAUAGAAUGAAGACGCUUGGAUUUGAGGUGGGGUG